GGAAAAGCAGCCGAGGCAGCUCAGUCGCCAGCGGAGCCCAGGACGGCGCAUGAACGGAGCGCAGCGCGCGUGUCGCCCUUGUCGAUUUUCCGCAGCUUCCCUCUUUAAAGCGACGUCUUGCAGCCCGAACCCCCCCACUCCCGGAAAGAUGCUGCUCAGAGUGGCCGUUCUCCUCGGGGCGCUCCUCGGCAUCAGUCAAGCUGCCCUGCAGGUGUCCAUAUCCUUGAAUAAAGUGGAGCUAAGUGUUGGAGAGUCCAAGUUUUUCAUCUGCACAGAGAGGCUGACAUUCCGGGACGUUCAGUCACCGCAGGAGUUUCGCCACGGAGAGACAGCCGAGGUGGUGUGUGACGUUAUCAGUUCGCCAGUGCCAGUGGUGGUGUGGUACUACCAGGACAGAGAAAUAACAGAGGAGCACCACAGCAGGUACCAAGUUUUGGCAAACAAUAACCUGCAGAUCAACCAGGUAACCAAGGCAGACGAGGGCGUGUAUCGCUGCGAGGCCAGCGUGGAGGCACGUGGAGAGAUCGACUUUGUGGACAUAGCUGUGGUGGUCAACGUGCCUCCAGUGCUGUCAGUACUCCAGCCAUCCUUCAAUGCCACAGCUGACUACCAGGAAUCAGUCACCUUUACCUGCAUCACUUCUGGAUCUCCUGAUCCCAUGGUUACAUGGCACAGGAAAGGCCAGCAGCUGGAGCCGUCGGAAAAGUACGUUUUGAACAGGUUGGAAGGCCGACGCAGCAUGCUGACGAUCCGCAACAUCCGACAGAUCGACGGAGGAAGUUACUCCUGCAAAGCCACCAACAAAGCAGGGUCUCAGGAAAGAGAGCUCUUCCUCAAAGUGUUUGUCCAGCCCCAUAUCACCCAGCUGAAAAACGUGACAGCCGUAGAGGGCAGCGCCGCCAUGAUCUCCUGCGUGGCCGAGGGAGAGCCUCUGCCUGACAUUUCCUGGAAGAGAGCCAGUGACGGCCAGAGCUUCGUGGACGGAGACAAGAGCCGGGACGGACGCUUUGAAGUACGCGGCCGUCACGGCAAGUCAGUGUUGACCAUCAGCGGAGUGCGCCUCACCGAUCUGGGCCGAUUUGACUGCGAGGCACAAAGCAGGAUAGGAGGGCAUCAAAAAAGCAUGUUUCUUGACAUUGAGUAUAUCCCCAAGUUCUUGACGAACCACACAAUUUUUUACUCGUGGGAGGGGAAUCCAGUAAACAUAAGCUGCGACGUGAUGUCCAACCCGCCCGCCACCAUGCUGUGGAGGAGAGAGCGCUUCACCAUCUCAGAGGGGACCCCUAACAUGCAGAUACACAGUGCGGAGGGCAAGUCUAUACUGGAGGUGACUCCAAUGUCUGACCGAGACUUUGGUCGGUACAACUGCACGGCGCGGAACAACAUCGGCGUUCGAUACCAAGAGUUCAUUUUGGCGCAGGCAGACGUACCAUCGAAUCCGUACUCCGUUCGUCUUUCAGCCGUCUCCCAGCGCCUAGCCACUGUCACAUUCAUGAAGCCGGACUCCCAUGGUGGUGUUCCCAUCAGCUAUUAUCUGGUCCAGUAUAAGGAGCUGGGCUCCCAGGACUGGAGAGAUGUCCGGUCACACAGUGUCCAAACCACAGUCGUCCUGACAGGACUGGAGCCCAACACGACGUACGAGGUUCGAGUGGCAGCUGUCAACGGAAAGGGUCAGGGAGAGUUCAGCCACAUGGAGACCUUCCAGACUUUACCCAUCCGAGAGCCGAGUCCACCAGCAGUCCAUGGGCAGAGAGGGGUGGGUAAGGCCUACCGGCUGGGACUGGUCAAGCAGGACGAUGGAGGGAUGCCCAUCGUGGAGUACAUAGUCAAGUACAAGACUGACAAAGAGGAACAGUGGAUGACCAAGCUGGUUCCGGGAGCAUUUGAUUUUGCGAUGCUGCAGCCUCUGCAGUGGAACACGAGAUACGAGGUGGAAAUCACAGCGCGCAACGUCAAGGGCCUAUCGGAGCCCACCUUCUAUCAGUUCUUCAUGCCACAGAAGCCUGACAUUACAGCAGAAUCCCUGUUCAGCGGCCUGGGGCUCGGUGCGGUGGUGGGCCUUGGUCUGGGGGCGCUGCUGUUGCUCCUUGUGUUGGUGGACGUCAGCUGCUUCUUCCUGCGUCACUGCGGCCUGCUGAUGUGCAUCACACGCACGCUAUGCAGCAAGAAAACAGCCACCAGUGGCAAAGGCAAAGAAAUGGAAGAGGGCAAGGCUGCCUACCUGAAGCUACCGUUGAAGGAAGAAAAUGGCAAAGAGUCUCUCAAGCCGGAUACGAUUGAAAUCAAGGUGCACAGUGACAACAGUCUCCACAUAAAGCCGGACGACAGCAAAGCGUAAAGAAAAGUGGGAAAAAAAUAAAGGGUCCACUCCCCUUUGCCACCAAAUGAACAUUCGGAUCACGAGACCAAACCCCCGGAGAAGUGACAACACUGGAAAAUAGUGGAGUAAAAUACUAUAUCUGUUAAUAACAAGCCCGAAUGAGAGACGCCUGUAAAUAAAAAUAACGAGAGAAAGAAGGAGUCAACCUUUUAGACACAUUAUGGAUUCAUUAUGGAAGGCUCUUGAUUGUAUUGUUUUCUUUUUCUGUCUCACUUUUCUCUUUUAAGGCUGAAUUUUACUGACUAUUCUUUUUUUUAUUAUUAUUAUUUUAUUAAAACCAUGGGAUGCCCACGCAGUAAAAACACGUCUGUACCCCCGUAUCCCAGUCGUUGAUGUCUUAUGAAACGAAACUCACAAUCAGUGGUGGGGAUAGAAGUUGGUGAUCGUCUCUGUCAGAUUAAAUGGAAGGACACGGUGUUGCCAUGCUUGAGUGUUACACUGAAACAACCGUUCUAUGCCUUUCACCGAGCUCAGUUUUUGAGCUGAUCAGAUGCAAAUGUAGCAGCAUUUAGUUUCAAGGCGGCAGUGUCUGAGGAUGUAACGAAUCAGGAAAUCAUGACUGGUAAUAAUUUGGAGGUGAUGAAACAGUGCAUAGGGAUUGAAUAGUAUGGAUCAUUGAGAACUCCAGUUAACACGUUAACACCCAAGGAAAAAUGUACUACCUAAGAAUGUGGCAUCGGCGAUACGUUCAUAAUAAAAGGGUUAAACAUGAUCUCAAGGGUUAAAUCGUGGCUCAUUGAAACUAACCUGUAUAAAUAAAGGUUAAAUGAAUAAACAGUCUUGGAAAGACCAUAAUCGGUAACACUUAACAAUAAUGUACACAAAAUUUGAUUAACUACUAGGGAACGCCUC